CUUUUCCAAUCUUCAUUCCACUUAUCUCUUUCUCUCUCCAUCAAAACCACACCACACUCCCCUCUGCCCUCUGCCCAUUCUUUGACCUCAAUCUUGUUCUUUCAUCACAAUAAUAAUAAUAAUAAUAAUAUUCUUUCAUUUUUUUCCACUUUAAUCCCUUUAGUGCACCCUACUGUUUCUUGUUCUGUGAUGAGUGUUGUUGUUGUCGUUCAUUCACAAUCAUUCUUACCCUUUUUCCUGAUCUGGGGUUUGAAUCAUUUCACUCUUUCAACCUUCAAGAUCAAGAUUCCACCUUUUUCUUGGUGUUUGUGUACAAGAUCAGGUUAACAUCUUAAAAAGUCAUGAUUUUUGAUAGUGAUGAUGACAAUAAAGAAAAUGAACAAUGUGGGUCUUUCUUGAUUUUGACCAGAGAAAAAGCCACUUUGAAGGUUGAAUCUGUACGUGUCAAUGCGAGAUACUCAUGGGUUAUUCUUCUUUUUAUCUGAUUCAUCUUCCACAAGGUUAGAUUUUGGGGGUUUUUAUGUUAUUUUGCUGUAAAAGAUUAGUUUUUUUAAAGGGUAUUUUUUUAGUGCACACCAAGUGUUUGUGAAAAUGCCUAUGUACCAGCAUCAUUCAACUGGUGGGCAGGUUUUAGAUCUGGAAACUGCUGUGAAAGAUGGCAUUUUGGGUGGUGUUGGUGUGGGUGUGGGUGUGGGUGUGGGUGUGGGGGUUGGGUGUGGUGACGUCACUGGACCAGAAAUGGGAAAAAUGGAUCUGAAGAAGAUGAUUGAACAGCUUGACUCAGUUGAGGUCCCAUCUGUGUUCAUAUGUCCAAUCUCAUUAGAACCAAUGCAAGAUCCAGUGACCCUUUGUACAGGACAGACUUAUGAACGGUCCAACAUCCUCAAAUGGUUCUCAUUAGGCCACUUCACUUGCCCCACAACAAUGCAAGAGCUUUGGGAUGACUCACUCACACCAAACUCAACACUCAACCAUUUGAUCCACACUUGGUUUUCCCAGAAGUAUUUAGCUAUGAAAAAGAGGUCAGAUGAUGUUCAAGGAAGGUCUUUAGAGCUUCUAGAGACUCUAAAAAAAGUCAAAGGUCAAACCCGAGUCCAAACACUCAAAGAGCUAAGAAAACUUGUCACAACCCAUGAUUCAGCCAAGAAAACUCUAACUGACAAUGGUGGGAUAACCUUUGUUUCCUCACUGUUAGGACCUCUCACUACCCACGCCGUCGGAUCCGAAGCAGUUGCGAUAUUGGUCAAUUUGCAGUUAAACUCCGACGCGAUAACCAACCUGUUGCAACCCACCAAGAUUUCAUUAAUGGUUGAUGUUUUGAACGAGGGGUCGUUAGAAACCAAGAUCGAUUGCGUGAAACUGAUGGAGGUUUUAUUCACGGGCGCUGAUAUCGCCCCAAGUUUGCGGCUUUUAGUCGGGGUUUUAAGAUUAGUGAAGGACAAACGACACCCACAUGGGAUAUUAGCAGGGCUGCGGUUGUUGAAGAUCAUCAGUUCACAAGAAUCAGUCGGAAGCUCGAUUAUAAGCAUUGGCGGUGUUCCGCAAUUGGUUGAAAUGUUGCCUCAUUUUAACCCCGAAUGCUUAGAGUUAUCGUUAUAUGUUCUCGAAGCUCUGUCUUCGAUCCCCGACGGUGCUUUGGCGCUCAAGAAUUGUGCUAAUACGAUUCCCACUUUGGUCAAACUGUUGAUGAAGAUAUCGGAGAAUUGUACGCAGCAUGCGUUAUCGAUAUUAUGGGAAGUCUGCAAGCUUUCGCCGGAAGAAUGCGCUGCGACUGCAGUGAACGCGGGGCUUGCGGCAAAACUUCUGCUCGUGAUUCAGAGCGGCUGCAAUCCGGGAUUGAAGCAACGGUCAGCCGAGCUUUUGAAACUGUGUAGCUUGAAUUGUACAUCUACCAUUUUCAUGUCAAAGUGUAAGCUAACAAGAACAUUGCAAUGAGGAGAAAGUGGUCAAAGUCAAAAGUCAAAGGCUGUUGAUAUGAUUGGAUGUACUACCAUGUAUGUAAAUGGAAAAAAAAGCUUCAUACACGUGGAUUUAGGCCAACACUCUACAUGAAUAAAUCUUGGUGAAGCAUGUGAAGGUAGCAUAGAGAGAGUACAUAUGAUUGAAGAAGAAGAUGAUGAUAAAGAAGAAAAAGAAUGCUUCUUUGUUUGCAUUUAGAACUACACUAUUUGCAAAGUUAAAUGUAUUUUUAAGUUGUAACUCUCCCCUAAAUCUUAGUGUCCUUGUAAUUCAAUUUUGUUUCCAAAUUUUCUAUGAAUGUAGUUGAUAGUUUUGUGUUA